AUGGGUGGUUUAUUCAGUAAGAAAACACCGCAUCCGCCAAAGAACUGCGAAAUUACGGAACAAGACCAGGCCAUCCUGCAACUGAAAACCCAGAGAGACAAAAUCAAGCAGUUUGUUCGACGAAAGGAAAAAUGCAUGGAGCGUGAAAGAGAGCUCGCUCGGCAGCUACUUAAGGAUGGGCGGAAGGAUCGGGCGCUCCUUCUGUUGAAAAAGAAACGAUACCAAGAGAAUGUUAUCGAAAGAACACUCAAGCAGUUGGACAAUAUAGACAGAAUGGUACACGAUUUGGAAUUUGCUGAUAUUCAACAGCGAGUAGUUGAAGGCCUUCGCCAAGGAAAUGACGCGCUCAAGAAGAUGAACGCUAUCUUUGACAUGGAUGAAAUCGAAAAACUAAUGGAGGAAACAAAGGAGGCCGCGGAGUUUCAAGAGGAAAUUUCUGCACUUCUUACUGGACAAUUGUCGACGACCGAUGUCGAAGAGGCGGAGCAUGAGUUGCAACAGUUAUUGGCUUCUCAAGCAACCGACAUUGUUCUACCAGAUGCUCCAGCUCAUGAGCUUCCUCACAGAGAAAGAGAGAAAGAAACUGCCGGUAAGAAACGGAAGGCAGUUGAAAUGGAAGUGUGA